GUUGCAAAAAUAUAUCUCAAAAUCGAAACGAAACACACAAAGCUAACAAAUAUGGCUACUACUACUGCAAUCAGAUUCGUAACCCUAGCUCUCGCUUUCUUCUCUGUGUUACAACUACUCUCCUUGUCCCUCGGCGGCGUCACAGCGACGGAGACGACGCGGAACGAGGCGGAGGCACGGCGGAUGUACGAGCGGUGGUUAGUGGAGAAUCGUAAGAACUUUAAUGGUCUCGGAGAGAAAGAGAGACGGUUCGAGAUCUUCAAGGACAACUUGAAGUUCGUGGAAGAGCACAAUUCGGUACCGGAUCGGACUUUUGAAGUCGGGUUGACCCGGUUCGCUGAUUUGACGAACGAUGAGUUCCGUGCGAUUUACUUGAGGAGGAAGAUGGAGAUGACUAGGGUUCCGGUGAAAGGUGAGAGGUAUUUGUAUAAGGUCGGAGAUAGUUUGCCUGAUGAAAUCGAUUGGAGAGCUAAAGGUGCUGUGAAUCCAGUCAAAGAUCAAGGAAACUGUGGAAGUUGUUGGGCGUUUUCGGCGAUUGGAGCGGUUGAAGGGAUAAACCAGAUUAAGACAGGGGAGUUGAUAUCUUUGUCUGAGCAAGAACUUGUUGAUUGUGAUACGAGUUACAAUGGUGGUUGUGCUGGAGGUCUCAUGGAUUAUGCUUUUCAGUUCAUUAUUAAAAACGGUGGGAUUGACACAGAGGAAGACUAUCCUUAUGUUGCAACUGAUGUUAACAUGUGCAAUUCCGACAAGAAGAACACUCGUGUUGUUACGAUCGAUGGUUAUGAGGAUGUUCCUCAAAACGAUGAGAAGUCUUUGAAGAAGGCUCUUGCUUAUCAACCAAUUAGUGUCGCCAUUGAAGCCGGUGGCAGAGCUUUCCAGCUUUACAAAUCUGGUGUGUUUACAGGAACGUGUGGAACAUCUUUGGACCAUGGUGUGGUAGCCGUGGGAUACGGGUCAGAAGGUGGUAGAGACUACUGGAUUAUUCGUAACUCAUGGGGAUCAAACUGGGGAGAAAGCGGAUAUGUUAAGCUCGAACGUAACAUCAACGAGUCAUCAGGGAAAUGCGGUGUGGCGAUGAUGGCUUCUUACCCUACCAAAUCAUCGGGUUCAAACCCACCAAAGCCACCCCUACCUUCACCAGUUGUUUGUGAUAAGUCUUACACUUGCCCACCUAAGUCCACUUGUUGUUGUCUUUAUGAGUACGAAGGUAAAUGCUAUAGCUGGGGAUGUUGCCCACUUGAGUCAGCCACUUGCUGCGACGACGGUUCUAGCUGCUGCCCUCAGUCAUACCCAGUAUGCGAUUUGAAGGCCGGAACUUGUAGAAUGAAGGGAACCAGUCCGUUGAGCGUAAAAGCUUUGACCCGAGGACCAGCGACUGCAACCACAAAGUCUACAAACGUGCUUGUGAGCAGCGCUUGAGGAGGAAAGGAUACAAAGGAAGAACCGAUUUGUUUCCAUCCCACGUUCUCACAAGAUUCAGUCUUAUUCCAAGUUCGAAAUUCGGAUGAUAGUUUGAUUACUCUCGUUAAUUCUAAUGUUUUAUCUUGGAUUUGAUUUUUAAUUGCUGUAAAUCAUUUAAGAAGUAAUCUUAUAUAUGCUCCCAUAGCAUUAUUGUCAUCUCCCUUGAAUAAUAAGCUUUAACCAAA